AUGGCGGUGUCCUACCUCGACAUGCUGAAGGUGGCCGUCUUCCGCUACCUCUUCUGGCUGGUGCUGGUGGUGGUGUUCGUCACGGGAGCCACCCGCAUCAGUAUCUUCGGGCUGGGCUACCUGCUGGCCUGCUUCUACCUGCUGCUCUUCGGCACCAGCCUGUUGCAGAAGCACACGCGUGCCCGCCUCCUGCUGUGGGACUGCCUCAUUCUGUACAACGUCACCGUCAUCAUCUCCAAGAACAUGCUUUCGCUCCUGUCCUGCGUGUUCGUGGAGCAAAUGCAGAGCAGCUUCUGCUGGGUCAUCCAGCUCUUCAGCCUCGUGUGCACCGUCAAAGGCUACUAUGACCCCAAGGAGAUGCUGAGCCGGGACCGGGACUGCCUGCUGCCCGUGGAGGAGGCCGGCGUGCUCUGGGACAGCGUGUGCUUCCUGUUCCUGCUGCUGCAGCGCCGCGUGUUCCUCAGCCGCUACUUCCUGCACGUCAGCGCGGAGCUCCAGGCCACCGCCUUGCAGGCCUCCAGGGGCUUCGCGCUGUACAACGCGGCCAACCUCAAGAGCAUCGAGCUCCAUCGCAAGGCGGAGGAGAAGUCCCUGGCCCAGCUGAAGAGACAGAUGGAGCGCAUCCGCGCCAAACAGGAGAAGCACAGGCAGAGCCGGGCCGGCCGCAGCCGCCCCCAGGAGCCCCAGGGCCCCCCCCAGGAGCCGGGGCCUGGCAGUCCACGGGGCUCGUCCCCGCCACGGAGGCAGUGGUGGCGGCCCUGGCUGGACCACGCCACAGUUAUCCACUCGGGGGACUACUUCCUGUUCGAGUCUGACAGUGAGGAGGAGGAGGAGACCCCACCCGAGGACCCCAGGCCUUCGGCACAGAGCGCUUUCCAGCUGGCGUACCAGGCAUGGGUGACCAACGCGCAGACGGUGCUGAGGAGGCAGCGGGAGGAGCAGGCGAGGCAGGAGCAGGCAGGGCAGCCGCCCGCGGGAGGCGGCCCGGGCGCGGAGGCGGAGCCGGCGGAGGGCCCAGAGCAAGAGGCGGCUGGCCACAGCCACGUGAUGCAGCGGGUGCUGAGCGCCGUGCAGUUUCUGUGGGUGCUGGGGCAGGCGCUGGUGGACGGACUGACGGACUGGCUGCGCACCUUCACGCGGCACCACCGCGCCAUGAGUGACGUGUUGCGCGCCGAGCGCUACCUGUACACGCAGGCGCUGCUCAGGGGCCAAGAGGUACAUCGGGGCCUGCUGGACCAGCUGUAUGCCAGGGGCGCGGAGGCCGCACCACCAGGCUCCUCGGGGGCCCGAGACGCACCCGGCGCGGCGGCAAGCGGGCCGGGGGCCCAGGAGCCACCGAGCGCCGCCACGGAGGCCACCGGAGGCCCCCAGAGCACGGGGUGCAGCGCCCGCAGCAGCGGCGAGGACGCGACCGCCGAGCCCGGGGCUUCCCUGCACAGCUCCCGGGAGCUUCCCGCCGGUGCUUCCCCGCGGACCCGCACCGCCAGCGAGCUGCUCCUCAACAGGCACCUGCACAUCCAGGAGCUGGAGGAGGCCCAGCAGUUCGAAGCGAGGCAGGGCCGGGCGCUGCGGCUGCUGCAGGCCGCCUACCAGUGCGUGGCCGCCCACUCGGAGCUGCUCUGCUAUUUCGUCAUCAUCCUCAACCACAUGGUCACCGCCUCGGCCACCUCCCUGGUGCUGCCCGUGCUCGUCUUCCUGUGGGCCAUGCUGUCCAUCCCGAGGCCCAGCAAGCGCUUCUGGAUGACAGCCAUCGUCUUCACCGAGGUGACCGUGGUCACCAAGUACCUGUUCCAGUUUGGCUUCUUCCCCUGGAACACCCACGCGGUGCUCCGGCGCUACGAGAACAAGCCGUACUUCCCGCCACGGAUCCUGGGCCUGGAGAAGACCGACGGCUACGUCAAGUACGACCUAGUACAGCUCAUGGCCCUGUUCUUCCACCGCUCCCAGCUGCUGUGCUACGGCCUCUGGGACCACGAAGGUGACCAACUCUCCAAGGACCACGACCGCGGCACUGGGAAGAAGGGGGUCGAGGGGGAGCCGACGUCACCAGGACCCCAGGGAGAACCAGGGGUGGCUGGGGCCCUCAGCCAGUACCGCAUGCAGGCGGAAGCGGGGGAUGGGCCCCCAGAGCCUCCCGUGGAGCCCAAGCCCCGAGACCCAAAGCCGAUCGGCCUGCGUUUCAGGAGGAGGAGAAGGGAGAGCACGGAGCCCGUGGAGCCCACGGCCGUUGAAGGCGUGGCGGCGGCCCCGGGGAGCGAGAGGUGGAGUCGCCCCCGGGAAAGGGCGAGAGCCCUGGGGCUCCGACUGCAGAGCUGCUGCCUGGCCCUGGCCCAGAGCGUGUACCGGCCCCUGCACUGCUUUUUCCACGACAUCCUGCACACCCAGUACCGCGCGGCCACCGACGUCUACGCCCUCAUGUUCCUGGCCGACGUCGUUGACUUCAUCAUCAUCAUCUUUGGCUUCUGGGCCUUUGGGAAACACUCGGCAGCCACAGACAUCACGUCCUCGCUGUCAGACGACCAGGUGCCCGAGGCCUUCCUGGUCAUGCUGCUCAUCCAGUUCAGCACCAUGGUCAUCGACCGCGCCCUCUACCUCCGCAAGACCGUGCUAGGCAAGCUGGCCUUCCAGGUGGUCCUGGUGCUGGCCAUCCACCUCUGGAUGUUCCUCGUUCUGCCCGCGGUCACCGAGAGGAUGUUCAGCCAGAACGCAGUGGCCCAGCUGUGGUACUUCGUCAAGUGCGUCUACUUCGCCCUGUCCGCCUACCAGAUCCGCUGCGGCUACCCCACCCGCAUCCUGGGCAACUUCCUCACCAAGAAGUACAACCACCUCAACCUCUUCCUCUUCCAGGGUUUCCGGCUCGUGCCGUUCCUGGUGGAGCUGCGGGCCGUGAUGGACUGGGUGUGGACGGACACCACGCUGUCCCUCUCCAGCUGGAUGUGUGUGGAGGACAUCUACGCCAACGUUUUCAUCAUCAAGUGCAGCCGAGAGACCGAGAAGAAAUACCCGCAGCCCAAGGGGCAGAAGAAGAAGAAGGUGGUCAAGUACGGCAUGGGCGGGCUCAUCAUCCUGUUCCUCGUGGCCAUCAUCUGGUUCCCUCUGCUCUUUAUGUCCCUGGUGCGCUCCGUGGUCGGCGUCGUCAACCAGCCGAUCGACGUCACCGUCACCCUCAAGCUGGGUGGCUACGAGCCCUUGUUCACCAUGAGCGCGCAGCAGCCGUCCAUCGUGCCCUUCACGCAACAGGCCUAUGAGGAGCUGUCCAGACACUUCGACCCGAACCCCCUGGCCAUGCAGUUCAUCAGCCAGUACAGCCCCGAGGACAUCGUCACGGCGCAGAUCGAGGGCAGCUCCGGGGCGCUGUGGCGCAUCAGCCCGCCCAGCCGGGCCCAGAUGAAGCGGGAGCUGUACAACGGCACCGCCGACAUCACCCUGCGCUUCACCUGGAACUUCCAGAGGGACCUGGCCAAGGGCGGCACCGUGGAGUACACCAACGAGAAGCACACCCUGGACCUGGCUGCCAAUAGCAGCGAGCGGAGGCAGCUGGCCAGCCUGCUGGAGGGCACCUCGGACCAGUCGGUGGUCAUCCCCAAUCUCUUCCCCAAGUACAUCCGUGCUCCCAACGGGCCCGAGGCCAACCCCGUGAAGCAGCUGCAGCCCAACGAGGAGGCCGACUACCUCGGAGUGCGCAUCCAGCUGCGGAGGGAGCGCGUGGGCUCGGGGGCCGCCGGCUUCCUGGAGUGGUGGGUCAUCGAGCUGCAGGACUGCCAGGCCGAAUGCAACCUGCUCCCCAUGGUCAUCUUCAGCGACAAGGUCAGCCCGCCCAGCCUCGGCUUCCUGGCCGGCUACGGGAUCAUGGGGCUCUACGUGUCCAUCGUGCUGGUCAUCGGCAAGUUCGUGCGUGGCUUCUUCAGCGAGAUCUCCCACUCCAUCAUGUUUGAGGAGCUGCCCUGCGUGGACCGCAUCCUCAAGCUCUGCCAGGACAUCUUCCUGGUGCGGGAGACGCGCGAGCUGGAGCUGGAGGAGGAGCUCUACGCCAAGCUCAUCUUCCUGUACCGCUCGCCCGAGACCAUGAUCAAGUGGACCCGCGAGAAGGAGUAGGAGCCGGGGCCCCGCACCCAGGCAGGAAGGAGCCGCCCAGCAGACCGCCGGGCCCCGAUGCUGCUGCCGGAACGAAGGAAGGAAGGAAGGAAGCUGCGGCCCCUCCCCCGCCCGGCUCAGGGCACCUCCUCGUCCCCGAGGGCCCCACGCGGCCGGCACGCUGGGCUGGGGCUGGGGCGUCCAGCCUUCCCCUCCCCACGAGUACUGUAGGGUUUUCUAAUUAAAAGUAUUUUUAUUUAUGCGA